GCCGCACCGUGCAAGCGUCCCAAAAUGUCGGUCGAGAGGAUAUUUGAUGAGCUCGGACAUUUCAAGAGGUUUCAGGCGUGCGUGUACUUUGCUGCCGUCUUCCAGGCCACGGCCUGCGGGAUCCACUACCUGGCUUCCGUCUUCCUGGUGGAGACCCCAAACUUCGUCUGCGGCGCCCCCGCCAACGUCACCGACGUCUUGUUCGGCAACCUGAGCGGGUCCAGCGUGGAAGAGUUUUUGCCCCUCUUGAAACCUGAAAUGGGUCCCCUAGUGGUCCGGACUCUCAGCGGGGAGCAGUGGGAACUGAGCCGUUGCCGGCGGGCGCUACGGAUUCGUCCCAAAGACUUUGCUUACCCCUUCGAUGGAAAUAAAUCGGUGGAAACGUGCACCGGGGGCUUUGUUUACGACCACAGCGAAGUGUACCAGAGCGUCGUGACUGACUGGGAUCUGGUGUGCGACCAAGCUUGGCUGGCCAAGCUGUGCCAGCCCACCUUCAUGUUGGGGGUGCUGGUGGGAGCACUUGUUUUUGGGGACAUUGCUGACAGGGUUGGCAGAGUGAAGAUCCUGAUGUUCGCCAGCCUCUGGCAGUUCGGGAUUGGCGUGUGUGUGGCCUUCUCCGCCAACUACUACUACUUUGUGGUGUCUCGCUUCCUCCUGGCCAUGGCCUCCAGCGGCUACCUUGUGGUGGUUUUCGUGUACGUGACGGAGUUCACGGGCAUCAAAGUGCGCACGUGGACCUCCAUGCACGUGCACGCCGCCUUCGCCGUGGGCGUCAUGGUGGUGGCGCUGACGGGCUACCUGGUGCGCGUGUGGUGGAUCUACCAGAUCGUCCUGUCGCUGUGCACGUCGCCCUUCUUGCUCUUCUGCUGGAAGCUGCCUGAGACGCCCUUCUACCUGAUCGCCAAGGGCAAGUACGAGCAGGCGCAGGACCUGCUGGACGCCAUGGCCGGCGUCAACAGUUUGGAAAAGCGGCUGAAGGUGGAGGAGCUGCUGGAGGCGGAGAAGCGGAACGGCGAGGCGCUGCUGGCGAAGGAGGAGGAGACUGACGCCUCGGCGGAGAAGAAGCUGUCCAUCCUGGACUUGUUCGGCAGCUGGCGGAUGGCGGGGCGCACGUGCACCGUGUGGGCCAUCUGGUUCAUCGGCAGCCUGGGCUACUACGUCUUCUCGCUGGGCUCCGUCAACCUGGGGGGCAACCAGUACGUCAACCUCUUCCUGGUCGGUGCGGUGGAGCUUCCUUCUUACAUGGUCGGCUGCUUCGCCAUGGACCGCAUCGGGCGCAAGAAGACGUGCGCCCCGGCCCUCCUGCUGGCGGGGGUCGCCUGCGUGCUCAUCAUCGUGGUCCCCGCCGACAUCGAAGCGCUGGCCAUCGCCCUGAGCAUGAUUGGAAAGUUCGCCGUCGCCAUCGCCUUCGGUCUCAUCUAUUUGUACACUUGUGAGCUUUACCCCACCAUCAUCAGGUCUCUGGCGGUGGGCAGCGGCAGCAUGAUGUGCCGCGUCGGCAGCGUGGUGGCGCCCUUCUGCGUGUACCUGGCCGACGUGUGGAUCUACCUGCCUCAGCUGAUCGUGGGCGUCCUGGCUUUUGUCAUCGGCCUCCUGACCUUGAUGCUGCCCGAGACGCUGGGCAGGCCGCUGACCUCCACCCUGGAGGAGGCCGAGGCGCUGGGACGAAGCCCCGCCGACGGGAGGAAAAGUGCGGCGGGCGGGCUGGAGAUGAGCCGGCACGCGUGAAGGGGUGACGCGACAUUGGCUGCAGCACAAUAAAAUCGGAUUAACAAACACAAAACAAACUAAAGAGCUAAAACAUAAACAGAGUAUUUGCAUUUCCGUUUAACUGGAACAUAACUGACCUAUGUAAUUUCAAAGGAGUGCUUUGGUGCCGUCUCUGCGGUUUCUACUGUACGUAGGAGCCAAAGGCCAGUCCAAUAGCAAAGUGUUACUUUGCCACCUCCCUGUGGCUGUUAUAGGCAGUGACAAGCAAUUUGUGUCAGGGCAGAUUAUUGCAAAAAUACAGAAUCAUAUUUAGGAAAUUCGAAGAAGUCAAAAAUAUUAGCAGCUUUUGACAACCCCCCACCUCUGAAAUGCAGCUUUC